GGUGAAGCUGAACAAUGAGGUUCAGAAAGGUCCACCUUCUACAGCAUCGUGACCCACACCGGUAACGCGUUUCCACUAAUUGUCCAAUGGAAACUCCUUGACGUCACAUCCGGUCAGCUGUCACUUCCGGACGCAGUGAGACGGCGGAGAAGGAAAGGAAAACCCCGCACGUACAUGGAUUAAAUUCAUACGACGAGACGCCACCCGUAAAAACUCAAAAGGAGACGCCAGCGCCCCGCGGGAUGGAUCCACGGUGAAAGGCGCGCACGUCGGGAACUGGCUCUUACUCAACAGUGAAGGAUGAAUGGCCUCUCUCUCAGCGAGCUGUGCUGCCUUUUCUGCUGCCCGCCAUGUCCAGGCCGCAUCGCGGCCAAGCUCGCCUUCCUGCCGCCUGAGCCCACUUACGCCUUCCUCCCAGACCCAGAGGCUGGCCCUGCACCACCCGUAACGACAGCAGCAGCGGCAUCUGCUGCACCACCCACAGCAGCAGCAGCAGCACCACCCACAGCAGCAGGAGCAGCAGCAGCAGCAGCAGCAGGGGCGACGGGGACGUCCAGCCUGCGGGCGCGGAGCGGCGCGUCGGUGGCCGGCAGCGGGGGGGCCGCGGAGAGCAGAUGGAAGCUGCACCUGACGGAGCGAGCGGAGUUUCAGUACUCGCAGAGAGAGCUGGACACGACGGAGGUGUUCCUCACGCGAUCCAGCCGCGGCAACCGGAUCGGCUGCAUGUACCUCCGCUGCGUUCCCAACGCCAGAUUCACAGUGCUCUUCUCCCACGGCAACGCGGUCGACCUGGGCCAGAUGAGCAGCUUCUACAUCGGCCUCGGCACGCGCAUCAACUGCAACAUCUUCUCCUACGACUACUCCGGCUACGGCGCCAGCACCGGCAAGCCCUCUGAGAAGAACCUCUACGCGGACAUAGAUGCCGCCUGGCACGCCCUGCGCUCACGGUAUGGCAUCAGCCCGGAGAAUAUCAUCCUGUAUGGACAGAGCAUCGGUACCGUCCCCACCGUGGACCUGGCGUCCCGGUACGAGUGCGCCGCCGUGGUGCUUCACUCCCCCCUGACGUCCGGCAUGAGGGUGGCCUUCCCCGACACCAAGAAGACGUACUGCUUCGACGCCUUCCCCAACAUCGAGAAAGUGUCCAAGAUCACGUCCCCGGUGCUCAUCAUCCACGGGACGGAGGACGAGGUCAUCGACUUCUCCCACGGCCUGGCUCUGUACGAGCGCUGCCCCAAGGCGGUGGAGCCCCUGUGGGUGGAGGGGGCGGGGCACAACGACAUUGAGCUGUACAGCCAGUACCUGGAGCGCCUGCGCCGCUUCAUCGAACAGGAGCUCGCCGCGCAGCACGCCUGACGUCAUCGCUGUGGGGCCGAGUGCGUUCGUGGACAUUGCAGAUAGAGAUGCUUAAAGAUUUGUGGGGACUCGUUCAUCGAGAGUGUGUGCGUGUGCAAGAGAGGUCUGCAAGUUAUGAAGCAAACAAUGGUCCCAAGACUAAGGUACCCUUUUUCUUUUUUUAAAAUAAAUAAAUCUCUUCCCAUAUGUCAUCAGUCACAUCCGUAAAGAAGCCCACCUCCGCCUGAGAGGCUGUCGGCCCUCUCGCUCUGUUCCUGGUUGCGUUGUUUAUGUCUCGCACCAGUAGGUCACAGCUGUCCACUCGAGUUCCUGUUUCACAGAGCCGUGACACUAAAAUAAAACCGCCCUCUGUGUUCUACCUCCAGAACCCCCCCCCCCCCCCCCUUUCUUCUAAUCUCUAAAAGCAACACCCCGUCUCCAGGGGCAGUUUUGUCCAUCUGGGAAAUGGCGUCCCCAUGGAACCUGAAUUUAACAAACAAACGAGGUUCUCCCCCCCCCCCCCCCCGCCCUCCCCGACAAACGGGACUCCUCCCGAACCGUUGGCGCCGAUGAGCACAGGACCAGAGGUUCCCUCUCGGUGAAACUGUGGUUCCAGGGGCGCAGGUCCACAGCGUUCUGGCACUUUGACGCACUCCAACACUCGUAUUACUUGAACUACAACAUCUGUGUAAAAAAAAAAAAAAAAAAAAAAAAAAAAAAAAAAAAAAAAGCUGCUGGUUGACUACGAGGUGAACGAUCUUUUCUAAGUGUGACUUUGGUAACUAAUGCUAACGUUCAAAAGCACGUUGUGUUCCCUUCUGUGACCGUUUUUUUUAUUUAUUUAUGGGGAUAUCACUAACUAGUCUAAAUUGUCCCCUUUUUGCUGCAGAACUCCCGUUUGAUGUGUUUGCACACGGGAGUAAGCGGUUUGGAAUGUGAUCGCCCCCCCCCCCCCCC